AUGGCGUCAGCUCCGAAGAACACUCAGCAAAAUCCUUUCUCUUUGAAACCUCCAAGGCCACCGUCUUCCGCCGCUGCAGCUACUACCGCCGGUGCCUCCACCUCAGCCGAGCCCCAAAUUCGUAACCCUAACCCUAACGCUUUACCAUCGACGUCGAAUUCGCCGAUUACGAUGUCACAGGAGGAUGAGAUCCUCGCACGCUCCAGUCACCUAACCCGCCCGGAGCUUCUCCGACGCCGAUCACACAACCUUAAGCAGCUCGCCAAGUGCUAUAAGGACCAUUAUUGGGCUUUAAUGGAAGAUCUCAAGGCGCAACACAGGGAAUACUACUGGAGAUAUGGAGUUAGCCCUUUCAAAGAAGAACAGAAUCAAUCGAAUAAGAGACGGAGGUUGGGUCCGGAAGGAGAAAUCGUAGAUGAUGAUGCAGUUGAAGGUAGUGGAGAUAAUGGUAAUAACAAUGAUGGUAGUAAUGGUGUUAAGGUUGAUCAGUAUGCAAACAGUAAUUGUGGAAGCUGUAUGUAUGGAUGCAAAGCUAAAGCUAUGGCGCUUACGAAAUACUGUCAGCUUCAUAUUCUCAAGGAUAGUAAGCAGAAGCUUUACACGGGUUGUACAAAUGUCAUCAAAAGAGCUCCAGCAGGACCAUUACUUUGUGGAAAACCAACACUUGCAUCGACAGUUCCUGUAUUGUGUAAUAUACACUUUCAGAAAGCCCAAAAGCAUGUUGCUCGAGCUUUAAAAGAUGCUGGUCACAAUGUCUCUUCAACAAGCAAGCCUCCGCCAAAGCUCCACGUGAUAGUAGCUGCAUUUGUUCAUCAUAUUCAAGCAAAACGGAAGAUUUCACGGAAUGAAGGUAAACUCAAAAGUAUAGUAAAAGAAGAAAAUACAAGCUGA